AUGGAUGUCAUCGCUCAAGAGAUUUCUAAUACUCCUCCUGUUACAUCUGCGUACAUCGCAACAUGUUUCAUCUUGACUUUGGCAGUGCAAUUAAACCUCAUCUCUCCCUUUCAAUUGUACUUUAACCCUUCAUUAAUUGCGAAUAACCUUCAGCUAUGGAGGCUCGUGACAUCCUUUUGCUUUUUUGGAUCAUUUAAUUUUAGCUUUCUUUUUAACAUAAUAUUCGCUUAUCGUUAUUGCCGAAUGCUGGAGGAAACAUGGUACAGCACUAAAACUGCUGACUUUAUAAUGAUGUUUCUGUUUUGUGGAACCCUCACUGUGAUCAUAGCUCUGUUUGUUAACAUGCUGUUUCUCAGUCAUGUCCUGACAAUGAUGCUAGUGUACGUCUGGAGUCGAAGAAAUCCUCAUGUGAGACUUAAUAUUUUUGGUAUCAUAGAAGUGAACGCCCCUUAUCUACCUUGGGUUUUCUUCGCUUUUUCAUUUCUUUUGGGGAACAAUAUGAUGGUGGAUCUGAUAGGCAUUGUUGUGGGUCAUUUGUACUACUUUUUGGAAGAUGUGUAUCCAAAUCAAACAAACGGUUUCAGGAUACUGCGAACACCGCAAUUCAUGAAAUAUUUGUUUGAUAGGCGACGUGUAAAUCAUGGCUAUGAGCAACUUCCAGAAUUAGGAAGACCAGGAGGAUUUGAUUGGAACGACCAAGAUUAA